AUUACAGAGGAUUACCUCAAAGACUUAUUUCAAUCCUUCUGUAAUCCACUUUUUGACCAGUAUAAAGCUACCAUCUAGACCUCCUCAGCAGCAAAGGGGUUGAACAGUUCUUGUGAAAACUACUCACAGUAGAUCCACCCAUCCAGAGAAAAUGGAGAACGGCACAGAAGGCAAGAACUUCUACAUCCCCAUGAACAACAGGACGGGGCUUGUGAGGAGUCCUUUUGAAUACCAACAGUACUACCUGGGAGACUCAUGGAUGUUUAAGAUGCUCGCCUUCUACAUGUUCUUCCUCAUCUGCACUGGAUUCCCCAUCAACUUCCUGACACUGAUGGUCACAGCUCAGAACAAGAAACUCAGGCAACCUCUGAACUUCAUUCUGGUCAACCUGGCUGUGGCUGGACUCAUCAUGGUCUGCUUUGGCUUCACCAUCACUUUCGUCACUGCUCUUAAUGGCUACUUCAUUUUUGGACCCAUCGGUUGUGCUGUUGAGGGAUUCAUGGCUACCCUUGGAGGUCAGGUUGCUCUCUGGUCUUUGGUGGUCUUGGCUGUUGAGAGAUACAUUGUUGUCUGCAAACCUAUGGGAAGCUUCAAGUUCUCUGGAACUCAUGCAGGAGUUGGAGUUGCUUUCACCUGGAUCAUGGCUAUGUCUUGUGCUGCCCCCCCUCUGGCCGGCUGGUCCAGGUACAUCCCUGAGGGACUGCAGUGCUCCUGUGGACCUGACUACUACACUAUGGCUCCAGGCUUCAACAACGAAUCAUAUGUCAUGUAUAUGUUCACCUGCCACUUCUGUGUCCCAGUUGGCACAAUCUUUUUCACCUACGGAAGCCUAGUGCUGACAGUCAAAGCUGCUGCAGCUCAGCAGCAGGAGUCAGAAUCUACCCAGAAAGCUGAGAGGGAGGUAACCCGCAUGUGCAUCCUGAUGGUCUGUGGCUUCUUGCUGGCUUGGACCCCAUAUGCUAGCUUUGCUGCAUGGAUCUUCUUCAACAAGGGAGCUGCUUUCUCAGCUACAUCCAUGGCUAUCCCUGCCUUCUUCUCCAAGUCCUCAGCACUGUUCAACCCCAUCAUCUAUGUGCUGUUCAACAAACAGUUCCGUAACUGCAUGCUGAGCACUAUUGGCAUGGGUGGCAUGGUGGAUGAUGAGACCUCAGUAUCUACCAGCAAGACAGAAGUCUCCUCUGUAUCUUAAGGAUUAUAACUUCACAUCUUCGGACCUCCUCCUUGCUGGUGUCGUCCUGAGUGUGGAUGGCUAUCUUCAAGUGGAAAUAACCAAAUGGAAACAAGCUAAUGAUCUUUUCUGCAAAAAAUGGACAUCAAUAUGGGAAUACAUGCGGAUGGCUGCGUUUUACCUUGCACACUUUCAAUUUGUGUGUUAUAAAAACUGAUCCCCAACAUCAUAUAAGCAACAGCAGAAAGAGAAUCUACAGGAACAUCUCUGAAGAACGACUGAAGCAUUUUCUUGUAAGGAGUACAAUGGUUUGUUUGGAUGUGUGAGUGGAUGAUGGUUGGGUGGUUGUAUAUUUAUGACGUGGAGAGGUCAGCAUUGUUGUUGAUCUUUGUCAUGAUAUUCUGUACAUAUUUUAUAAACAAAAAGAGUAGAAAAAAUAUU